AUGGCACAAAGGAAGCAUUUGGAUAAUUUUUACGUGGUAGAAUUAUCGGACGACUGGAAUGUGGACGUACCCAGCUGGAAGUAUCCGAGGAACUUGGAAUCGCCCAGAGUGUCAUCUCCAGGCUUUGACAAGGAUUCCAAGACGAUGUACAUUUGCACCAAUAUGCAUCAAGAAGAGAGGCCUACUUCCCGAUCUCCCAUACCUAGGAGCAGGUCGGAUUUCAGCUAUGUGGGACUGUCCUCCAAAGAAAAACGCUGGACCACAGAUUUUUCCUUAUUAUUGCCAGCUUUCUCUCGCGAUUCUACCGGCUAUUCUCGCCUAACAGAAACGCCAGUCACUUUACAACCAAAACCGAAAAAGAGCCAGGCAACAACUAAACUUAACUCUUCCGGUGAUAGCGGGAUGCUGACAAGAAACAGGAAAGAGCAGAAGGAUCUGGCAACAGCCACCAACAACUCAAGUAGUCAUCACCAGACGAAGCACCCCUUAAAUAACUGUCUGGCUCAAGCACCCAAAAGGCACUUGAAACCCGAAGUAAACAAUAUCCGAAAGAGUCCAACCAUGGAUCCAAAGAUCCUGAGUCCUGCGAAAGUACCAAAUUGCACAAUCCGCAAAAGUCCUACCAUGGAUCCAAAGAUCCUUAACCAUUCUAGUAUUAACAUCCGUACGAGUCCAAACAUGGGGCCGAGAGCUACGAGUCCUGCCAAAAUGCAGAACUGCAUCAUCCGCAAGAGCCCAACGUUGGAUCCGAGGAUUUUGAAUACUUCGAAUGUGAAUAUCCGCACGAGUCCUCUACCCGACACCACGAGGACCAAUCCUUUCAUAGCCACCACAAGUUCUUCUAUCCGACGGAGUCCUACCUUGGAUCCCAAAGUACUAAGCCAUUCAAGAGUAUCGAAUGUUGUGAGCAGGAGUCCGACGUUGGAUUCACAUCUCCUGUCCAGAAGGGAAGCAAAUCGCUGGCCACCUUCCUCCGAAACGGGUCACCUGACGUUGAACAGGAGUCCUUUGUGUGCAAAUCUGAUCUCACAGUCUGAAGUUGUGAGGUCACAAUCUUUGCGUUCACUUCGGAAAUCGUCAGAAAAGAGUCCAUCAAAAAUCAGAAAUUCUGAAAGUGCUCAAAGUGACGUCACUGGAGCUGUUCCAAAUUAUCUUUGUGAGGCGGAUGAGGAGGAAGAGGAUUUUCGACGUUUGCGCCACUUCAGCGUCACCUCUAAAGGCGUGAUCAACUGGGGCGACUCCUUCCGGUCGCAUUCACUCACCUGUGUUCCCAGUUCGGAUUUGCCAUCCUUCAAGGGGGGCAGCCAGUGGGACGUCGCAUCCACGAGGUCCUAUCCCAUGGUCUCUUCCCAUUCUCAAUGGAAUUGCACAAGACCGCCUCAAAGGUACAAAGUGGCCAUAAUGGGAGCAGAUGAAGUUGGCAAAACCUCCCUUAUCAGGCAGUUCCAUACUUCCGAAUACAUAUGCGCCUUUGACAACACUUACGAUGUGAGCGGUGACGAUGCCAUUACUGUGAUAUUAAACGAAGAAGAAUCCGAAUUGGAGUUUAUUGAACACCGCUGUCCAGAAGAAGAGCCAGAAGACAAGGAUACUAAUGACAACACAUCUUCCCCAGCUCUGAAUAUUCCAUUUGCCGACGCCCAUGUAAUUAUCUAUUCAGUAACAAACCGAAGGAGCUUCAUGAGGGCCUUAGACUUGGUGACGCAGGUGCAACGUGUUUUCAGGAAAAGCGCCAUUCUACUGGUGGGCAACAAAUCUGACUUGGUUCGAGUUAGAGCAGUGACGUCAGAUGAGGGACAAACUUCAGCCAAAGAACGGGAAAGUCUGUUCAUUGAGACCUCGGCUGCCAUCAACCACCAAGUGGAUGAACUGCUGGUGUCGAUCUUAGCACAGAUUAGAGUCAAGUGCGCCAAGUCUGAGCAAGCGGCCGCCAAGUGGGGCGCGAACCACUCGCUUUCCCGCGCUAAGGGACUCAUUAAGAAGUUCCUCAAGAAGGCUUGCUUCCAGGCCAAGUCAUGCGACAAUCUUCAAAGGCUGUAA